UUGCCUAUCAGGUUUGUGAGGAAUCUGCCGGAUCUUGCUUAGAAUUACGUUUGUUUCAUUGAAAUGGAGAAUUGUAGUGAUUUCCUGCUAUUGCUAGGACCAGACGCGUCAAGGAUUCUCAAUAAUUUAGAUGAUCCAGCUGAUCUCGUCCGUGCUAGUGCUGUCUCUCGUGCUUGGCGUGAAUUCGUGAUUGCAAAUGGUUUCUGCAAGAACCUGUGCUUAAGAAUGUUUUCAGAAAUCUCCAGGGUUGCACAUGUUAUUGAAGUAAAAAACAUGACAGAACCUUUAGAAGUUGGAUCAUACAGUUCUUUGGAAUGGCAAAAUCUAAAGAGGGACCAUCGUGUUUAUGCUCACUUAGCUCACAACUCCAAAAAUUUUAGGACAAAAGAUUGCAUUUUAGAUGCCAUUAGUGCUUCUAGUACUGAUAAUUAUCCUGAAGAGAGCAUUGACAACACCUUGGAACCAAGUGACAGAGUAGAAAGGAGGCCUUCAUACUGGUCAAGCAAAGGAGAAAAGAAUCCGGCAGUGCCUGAGACGUUAACUUAUAGAUUGGUCUCCAGGCUGUGUGUUAUAACUGAAAUCAGCAUACAGCCAUUCCAAGCAUUUUUUCAGUGGGGUUACCCUAUAUAUUCGGCCAAGGCUGUGCGAUUUCGAAUGGGCUAUCUCAAGGAACCACUAGAAGCAGGGAGUGAUCACAUGGAUGAGUCUUCGGCAGGGCACAGAUAUAAUGAAGACAACUUCAUUUCAGCAUAUGUUUCACCAGAGUUCCCAAUGGCUCAGGAUAGUACUUUGCAGAAGUUCAAGCUACCAGAGCCUGUUCUCUGUAUUGGUGGAAUUCUGCAGGUUGAGCUAUUGGGUAGGGUCCAGAGACAAAAAAUGGAUGGUUUAUUCUACAUAUGUGUUUCCCAUGUUAAUGUUGUUGGUCGCCCACUCUUACCUACUUUCGAUGUUGAAAUCCUUGAUCGCCCUGGAGAGUCUGGAAAGAUCAUACUGAAGUACUACCCUUAGGGUGAAUGUUGCAUGUCUCCUGCAAGAUCAGCUGAGGAUGAGGCAAGUGUAUCCUCUCAUUUGCAUGUU